ACCGUCACCGUACGAAAUUGGCAGCACUGCUUAAAGGCCAUCAUCGCGAUCAAAAUGUGGUCAUCGGCCCAGCUGCUCGCGUGGCGGCAUUUGUUGCUCUUUCAAGCGGCUUCCUAACCGCAAGCAACUCUCUCCUCGAGUGUCGCGAUGGUCGCCUGAAUCGUCUCGCCGCGCCGUUCAAGAGAAAAAGGGAUAGUCGCUCCGCUCCGUGCUCCGUCGUAUAGCUGAGUAUACGCAGUGUGCGAGAAGCAGUUGUCUCGCGAGCAUCAGGAGUUGUUGGUGCGGCUAUGCCAGUCGCGGCGCCGCACACCAGGACAGGAAGAAAAUGAGGUUAUCCGCGGCGAGUGUCUGGCUGCUGCUUCUGCUCGGCGUCAGUUCCGUUGUCGCCUGGGACAAUGAGGAGCUCGAGGUUUUCGACGUCGUCGAGGAGGUCAACAAGAACUUCUACGAGUUGCUCGGCGUGCCCCAGAAUGCCAAUUCUUCGGAAAUCAAGAAAGCCUUUCGUAAAUUAUCCCUGGUGCUUCAUCCAGACAAAAACAGCGCUGAGGAUGCGGAAGUGCAAUUUAGAAAUUUAGUAUCAGUUUAUGAUGUCCUUAAGGAUUCAAAGAAAAGAGAACACUAUGACAAUGUUCUUGUCAAUGGACUGCCAAAUUGGCGGUCAGCUGUGUAUUAUUACCGCCAUGUGCGGAAAAUGGGCUUGCUGGAGCUCAGCAUCAUUCUUUUUAUAGUUAUAACAAUUGGACAGUAUUUAGUUUCAUGGGCAGCAUACUUUGAAAAAAGAUACACAUAUGAACAAGUGCUGGGUAGUAAGCUGCAAAAAUUGCAGAAGAAGAAUCGAAAAGGUAAAAUGGAUGUUCCGGAUUUAGCGGAAAUCUUAGAGAAGAUUCCUACACCCAGCAUGUGGAACACACUUCCAUUUCAGUUGCCAAAGUGGACUUACGCCUCCAUUGUUGGUAUUCCGUCCGCCAUUCGUAGUAUACAUAGAAUUUUAGAAGAGCGAAAGCAAAGGAAAAAGCAGGAGGAAGAAGAAGCUCUCGCUCAAGAAGAGGAACCGGAACCGGAGCCAGUACCCCGCGGACCAAGAAGACGGCGGCAGGGUUUCACGCCGCAGGAGCGCGGCGAGCGCAACGAGAGGCCUGUUCGAGAAAACUACAAAAAGUUCAACGAAACGGCGAACCACCAAGAGAAAUCUAAACCCACGGGCGGUGGUCUGUGGACCGAUGACGACAUUCUCGAGCUGAUAAGGCUCGUCAAAAAGUUCCCUGGCGGUACUCCCGAUCGCUGGGAAAAAAUCGCCGAAAUGAUGAAUCGGACCGUCAACGAAGUCACGCACAUGGCUAAAAAGGUGAAAGAUGAAGGUCUGAAACCUGCUCAGCCAGCAGAAGAGGUUCCGGUUGAAGAAAUACCGAAGAAAGUAAAAACUCGUGCAGAAGUCGUUGAGACUAUGGCUGAAUGGAGUCAGGAGCAACAGAAAGCACUUGAGGCUGCGCUGUUAAAAUACCCGAAAGGAGGCUCUGCAGACAGAUGGGAUAAGAUAGCUGCCUGCAUUGAAGGCAAAACGAAGGAGGAGUGCCAAGCCCGCUAUCGAUAUUUGGUGGACAUUGUUAAAAAGAAGCAUACACAGUGAUUGUGACAGGUUGUUUAAAACUUUUUUAAACUGAAAAAGUGAAAAACUGGUGCUGUCUUCUGUGGAUUGUGUUACCAAAUGCACCUGUCUGUGGUCUCAAAGAGUGUUAGGUAUUCUUUAACACGGUGACAUUUUGUUAUACAAAGAAACCUGUUGGUCAUGUAUUUAUUAAAUAUAAAUUUAAUAAUUUAAAAAAUA